AUGGAACCUGCUACUACGGCUAGGGUCAUUCUACAUACCACCAAGGGUCCGAUUGAAAUUGAAUUGUGGGCAAAAGAAACACCUUUGACUAGUCGUAAUUUUAUACAAUUAUGUUUAAAUGGCUACUACGACAAUUGCACAUUUCAUCGUGUAGUUAAGGACUUUAUAGUCCAGUCUGGUGAUCCUAGUGGGACUGGGUUUGGAGGACAAUCUAUUUAUGACGGUGGUAUGUUUAAUGAUGAAUUCAAUAGUCGUUUGCGCUUUAAUAAGCGAGGUAUUGUAGCAAGUGCGAAUACUGGUCAGAAGAACAGCAAUGGCUCUCAGUUUAUUAUUACCCUUGUACAGGCGCCAGAACUCAAUAAUAAGAAUACGAUAUUUGGUAGGAUUGGUGGCGAAACUUUCUACAAUGUGCUACAGAUAGCGGAAGGAGCUGUAGAUGACGAAAAACCAUUGUACCCUGUGGUUAUAGAGCGUACGGAAGUAGUAAUACCCUACUUUACAGAUUUGCAGGCGAAAGCUAUGGGAGUAGUAAACAAGUCUUCCCAUGACCCAUCUAACAAACCUGUCCCCAAGAAGAAAAAACCAAAAGUAAGGAUAUCUUAUGGCAGUGAAGAAGAUACCGACGACACUGAAACUGGUUCCGUUAAAAUAAGGCCGGCUCACGAACUUCUGAAAGAUAGAAAGCUGAAGAAAGCACCAUCGCAUCAUACAUCAGAAUUACAAGUAGACAGCGUAUUACUGCAGACUCCGUCUCAAAAAGAAGAGCAGUCCUCUAUUUCCAAUUCCAAAGAACAUACAAGCCUUUCCGCGAACUCUAACAAACGACCACAACCUCCAGUUCAAACUGAUACUAAAUCUAAAAAGCAAAAGCCUGAAACUAAAGAGGAGCGAGAGAAAGUGACACUUGAGAUGCUUAAAAAGUUUCAAUCCAAAGUCUCUAGAUCCCCCUCCACUCUCGUAGCAUCAACCGCGGCCCAAUUAACAAGCAACGGAGGCUUAACUGCGCUUGAAAACACAUGGAAUUCGGAUGAUGACCUUCCCAGCGACUAUGAAGACGAAAUUGAUGAUUCUGCUGGGCUUUGGGAUCACAAGUUUGAAACAGUUGGUUGA